AUGAAAGCCCACAGCCUUGUCACAUUGUUUAUCCUCCUUAUCAAAGGAUCCAUCCUUUCUCCUACUUCUGCUGUCCAUCCUGUAGUAGGCUCAUCAUUGAAAAUAAGACGAGGACGACUCUUCCAACAUCAGAGAAGAAGUACGCGUACGAAUCAUCGGCAUCAUCAUCAUCAUCAUCAUCAGCAGCAGCAGCAGCAGCAUCAUCCCAAUAGCACUACUACUCUCGCCCAUGAGGAUGAGAAGGAUCCAUCACCACCACUCAUUCAAGUUCAAGAGAUCUUGCCUACGAAACUAAUCAACGAAAUUGAUCCAGAACUCAAUCCUCCUCCUCCUCCUCCUCCUUCAUCCCAAGAUGAAAAAAACAGCAUGUCAAAAUCAUCAUCACGGCGUUGGAUUUGGUGGGGAAACGACAUGACUAAGCUCUGCAACGAGGAUGAUUCAUCAGCCACAGCCAAAGGAACAAAGCAAAACGAAGAAGAACAUCCUUUGCGGACCGAUCUUUGGAGACUCCAAGUGCAAUGGUUUCGUCGUGCGGGUGGAAAAAUGAGCCUGUUGCAAAAAUCCCACAAUAGUAAGACUUAUUUGCAUAUGGAGUUUCACAAGAAUGGACGAUGCCGACUAUUGAGUCAUGAUCAACAACAAGUAUUGGGUGUGGGGGAAUGGAAUGAGAAACCAUAUGCGGUCUGGUUUUGCGUGCGAGUAUUAUUAUUAGGCAAAGAAGAAGAAGAAAAAGACGACGACAAUCAUAAGUACACCUUUACGGCACAAUUGCAUCACAAUCCAUUUGGCAAGCAUCCCAAGAUGCAACAAGGGACGAUUCUAUUUCAAAAGAUUGCCCCGAAACAACAUGAAUACGAUGUUGUGGAAUACGAUGAGGAACGAGAUCGUUUAUUCGUUCAACCAAGAGGGCAACCAUGGUUCCGGCCCAUUGUUGGAAAAUUCACAGGAGUUGGCAUUGGUGUUGAUACCUUGGACUAUAGCUAUUCCAAGAGGAUUUAG